AUGUCUUCCCUCGCAAGACAACUCCUCAUCCUCACCAGCGGCAUCGCCCUCCUAGCCAUCGGCCUCCCCCAUCUCCUGCCCUUCAGCCUCCUCCGCCUCGCCCCCCUCAUCUCCUCCACCGUGAACCUCAUGUGGGCCGCCGACGAAUACAUGUUCCUCUCCGCCUGGCUCCCCGCCGCCUACCGCACCGACGCCGACGCGCUUCUCCCGCGCUGGUUCCGGGUCUGGGGACCCAUGGGCUCGCUCGUGCUCUUCAGCUCCUUUCCCUUUAGUCUCGGUGCCGCGAUCGCGAAUCUGCUCACCUCGCGCGACACGAGUGCCGCGGUUGGGGCUGCGAAGUGGUAUUGGGCGGGCUUGGUGUUUACGACGGCGCAUUUUGGGUAUGCGCCGAGGGCGCUAAGGUUGCUGAAGGCUAUUAGGAAGGGGAAGGAAGAGGGGGGCGAUCCGACUGGGAGUAUGAGAAGGUGGAUCGGGAUGCAUCUGCUCAGGGUUGUCACGGCUGAUUUGCCUGCGUUCUUGUGUUUUGCGACUGCCGUCUUGUCGGCGAUGCGGGUGGUUGCGUAA